AUGAUCUCAAACCAGGAAUAUUGUACAGAGCACCCAAAUUCUUAGAUUGGUGGCAUUUAUAUUGGCAAUCAGUGUCCAAAAAUAUAGAGAAAGCUUUGCAUGGAAUGCAUUCUGGAACUUAAAAUACCUGUAGAAUAAAUUUUAACAAAAAAAGAAUUCCUCAAAUAAUUACUUUAAAGAUCAAACAACUUGAAUAUGUAAAAUGUAUUGGAACAAAAUUAAUCUAAGUCAAUUGUGAAACCAUUUCUUAAUCAAAUUGAUUUAAUUGAAAGAGAAAUUGGGUUGAUAUUUCAAAGCAAGAGAGAUUCUAUUAAAACAAUUUCAAAUGAUUUAACCUAAGGAGAUAAUAAAUUUCUCAACAUUACUAAAGAUAGUUUGAAUCCUUUUGAAUGUUCUUAAGAGGAAUUAGAUUUUCUUGUGAAUUUUAUGGAUAGUAAUAUUUUUGAAUAAUGGAUUAAUUAAAAAAACCAUAUUAAUACUGCCAUUUAAAAAUUAGGAUUAUUUUUGGAAGGGCUCACAAAAUAUCUAUUUAAGGCUAGUCAUUUGGUUGGAGAAAUUCAUAAACAUUUGUAAAUAUGUUAAUUUAUGAAGUACUUUGUUAUAAAAUCAAGAAAGAAAAAUUUAAUUGGAAGGGGUUUAGAGAUUUUAAAAUCGAUUAAUGAAAACUUCUUUUCAUCUAAUAACAAAAACUAAUGGAGAUAAGCUUUAUCAAUAAAAUGGAGAGACUCUUAAAAUGUAUACUUAAUGAUAAAAUUUUUAGAGAAAAGAAUAUUGUAGGAUCAAAAAGAAAUGAUUAAGUAUUGCUUAAUAUAGAGCAAAUGAAAUAUUUAGAAUUCUAAGGAUAAUAUGGAAUAAAUGGGUAUAAAUAUAAAUAAUGGAACUAUUUAUGGAAAGGAAAAUAAGUUGGGGGUGGCAAUUUCAAUAUUUUGGGAUAAAAGGAAGGAAAGUGGAUUGAUUUAUGUGACGAUUUUUGGGAGUAUUAAAGAUACCUUUAAUUUUUAAUUUAGUAACAAGCAGAUAUUUGAAGAAGGUGAUUACUAGGGUGAUAACAGAAUUGGUGAUUGGAUUAUAAGUUAGAAAAGUUAAAAAAUGUAAAUUUUCAGAUUAAUUUAAAUUUAGAGGAGGAGGAGCAUAUGAGAUGGGUUUGAAAAUUGGAAAAUGGAUUGAGUUGAGUAGAGGUUAUUGUGAUGAUUUUUAGACCACCUAAAAUGGUGAGUAUAAAAAUGGUAAAAAAGUUGGUUAGUGGGAUAUUUUACAGGAUAAUGGAAAAGGUUAUUAAUAGAUGUAAAUAUGAUUUGAAUUGCUAAAUUAUGAAUUUUAGAGGUGGUGGGUAGUAUGAUGUAAUUGGCAAUGAGAUAAAAACAGGAAAGUGGACUGAUAUUAAUAAAGGAUUUUCCAGGCAUUCCUAAGUAACUUACACUGGAGAAUAUAAAAAUGGGAAAAAAGUGGGUAAAUGGAAUAUUUGGUAUAAAAGCAUUGUUUUAGAUCAGUAAAAUAAAUAGAUGUAAAUAUAAUUUAUAAUAUUAUUUAAUUAUAAACUUUAGUGGAGGUGGGUCAUAUGAUGAGAUUGGUGAUGAGUUAAAGAUAGGGAAGUGGAUUGAUAUAAUUGAGGAAUUUUGUGAUGAUAAAUAAGUAACAUUUAAGGGUGUAUAUAAAUAUGGUAAGAAAGUUGGUGAAUGGGAAACUUGGUAUAAAGAAGAAGGAUUAAAUAAAUUAAAUAUAAAUAUGUAAAAAUAAUCUAUAUAGCGCGGUGUAUAAUAACAUUAUUAGCGGUAUCGGAUUCUAUGAUAAUGACUAAAAAGUCGGAAAGUGGACUGAUAUAAUGAAUGUAUUUACAUAUUAUUCUUAAUUAAUUUAUCAAGGUGAGUAUAAGAAUGGUAAAAAAAUUGGGAAAUGGCAGAUUAAAUAUAAUAAUGAAAAGGAUAUCUAGAGAUGUAAAAUUAUCAUUGAAUUUUUAGUGGCGGUGGAUCUUAUUAUGAGACAAAAAUUGGGAAGUGGAUCGAUGUAAGUGAGGGAUUUUGUAGAGAUUGCUAAGUAACUUAUAGCGGAGCAUAUACAAACGGGAAUAAAGUGGGUCAAUGGAAAAUUUGGUACAAGGACAUAAUUGGAUAUAAUGAAGAGAUGUACAUUUUUAAACCGUAAUUAUAAAUUGUUUAGUGGUGGUGGAUUGUAUGAAAAUGAAUGCUGUAGUAUUAAAAAUGGAAUAUGGAUUGAUUUAGAUUAGAAUUUUAAUUCUUCAAAAUUAGUAACUCAUAAAGGUGAAUAUAAAAAUGGUAAAAGAGUGGGUGUAUGGGUGGAAAUGGAUAUUGAAAAAUAGAAGCAGCUUAAAGAAAUUAAUUAUGAUAAUUGAACAUUUAUAAAAUAUUAAAGAAUAAUAAUUUAUUAAUAAUCUAUUUGAGGGUUUUUAUGAUUGA